AUGGUGUGCGGGCAGUUCAAAGCGAAGCCCGUCAACGAACGUCGAUCCUUCGUCGAAGCGCAUCGACUGUGCUACAACUGCCUCGGCAGUCAUCCGGUUGCGAGGUGUCAAUCAACCAGGAAGUGCUGGUCUUGCAAGGGGCGGCAUCAUUCGAUGUUUCACGAUGCGUACGCGACUUCGAAGACUACCGACGCAACCGCACUCUCCGCAAUCAAACCAAGCGACGACCGCAAAGCGAUUCUUCUCGCGACCGCGCGCGUUCUCGUCGCUGACCGCUACGGAGAGCCUCAUUCCGUUCGCGUCUUAAUCGACCAGGGAUCCGAGGUAUCCAUCAUCACCGAAUCGCUGGCGCAACGCCUACACCUCCCGCGAAAUCACUCUUCAGUGACGAUCUUCGAGAUCGGCGGAUCGUUGUCCGGUGCUUCGCGUGGAAAGGUAGCGCUCAAAGUCACGUCAAGAGUGACCGGAGAGACGUGCUCCGUUGUCGCCUUCGUGCUUCCGCGCCUCUCUUCGUAUCGAAGUUCCACACCGCAAAAACGCAAAGGAUGGCCUCAUCUCCAGGGACUGCCGUUAGCCGACCCGGAAUUCAUGGCCACCGACCCCGUCGAGCUGCUUCUCGGAGCCGAGAUCUGCUCGGCCAUCUUCAAGGAUGGAAUCCGCAAGGGUGGACCGCAAGCUCCCAUGGCACAGAACACCAUCUUGGGAUGGAUUCUGUCGGGAGGAUGCAGCGUUGCGACGUUGCAUGGUCACCUUAACUCACUCCAGUGCACCGCAGACUACGACCUCACAACGAUGGUCCGUCGCUUUUGGGAGCAAGAGGAAGUGCCGCUCGCUCCCACCGCUCUCGCACCCGAGGAAGAAAGGUGCAACAAUUUCUUCGUGCAAACGCACACACGCACGAGUGAUGGACGGUACGUCGUUCGGCUGCCGUUCGCCACUACCCCAGGGAACCUCGAAGAAACUCGCAAGCCAGCCGAGAGACUGCUGACCGCAAUGGAGCGGAAAGGUAGCCGGGAUUCUCGAUUUGGCGACCUCUACCGCUCGUUCAUGCUGCAGUAUGAGCAACUGAAACACAUGAGCGAAAUUAAUAAAGGGUCAACCGCAACUGACACCGACAACAGGAUCUGUUACCUACCACUUCACGGAGUGCUGCGCGAAUCAAGCAUCACCACCAAACUUAGCGUUGUUUUCAAUGGGUCGCAGCGCAUCCGGUCAGGAGAAUCGCUGAACUCGCAGCUCCUAGUGGGAGCUAACCUCCUUCCCGCACUCGCCGACGUCCUCCGCUGGCGGUGGCAUCGCUAUGCCAUUGUGGCGGACAUCGAGAAGAUGUAUCGCCAAAUUCUCGUGCAUCCCGACGAUCGUGACUUCCAGCGCGUGCUAUGGCGUCGCGACAACACGCGUGAGGUCCAGGAGUACCGCUUGAACACCGUAACAUACGGCCUCGCGUGCGCGCCGUUCCUCGCGAUUCGAACUCUGCGCCAGCUCGCCGACGACGAGGAAUCUCGCUUUCCUCUCGGUGCCGCCGCUCUUCGACGUGACUGUUACGACGACGACAUCGUAUCGGGCGCCAACACGACGUCAGAGGCAGCAACGCUGCAGCACGAACUCCGCGGACUUUGCAUGGCGGGCGGGUUUCCGUUGCGAAAAUGGGCUUCCAACUACGAAGAGACCCUCACCGGAGUCCCGCAGGAUCACCGGCUCCUCAAGACUCAGCAUACCUGA